CAAAACCUCUCACUCUCCUUUUCGACAAAACAAUAGAAAAAAACUCUCAAAAAUCUGCAUCUCUUAGGUUGCUUUUGUCCUUCUCACCUCCCGAAGAAAAUGCAGAGCAGUGUAAUCGCUCUCCCUCCUUCUACUCCAUUUCUCAAAGCUAGAAAACCUUUGAAUCAAAACCCUAUCAUUAGAUUCACUACUCUUGUGCUCUCUUCUUCUUCUCCCAGAUCACUCGAUCUCACCUCUGGUCAUGGAGCUUCUUCCUGCUCUAGAUCUUCGCAGCUCUAUUCUUCGUCGCGUUUCAGCAGCUGGAUUUCUACUCCAUCUCUCGUUUCCGAUCGACCUAAGAACGAUAUUAGCGUUAAGGCAGCCUCGGUUUCUGAGAGCGCUGACGAGAGCGCGAAAUCCAACAGUAUCCAGACUUUAGUUCUCGGAACUCUGUUCGGCCUAUGGUACCUUUUCAAUAUCUACUUCAACAUCUACAACAAACAGGUUCUCAAGGUCUUUCCUUUCCCGGUAACCAUCACAACGUUCCAAUUUGCUGUGGGAACUGUUCUUGUCAUUUUUAUGUGGACAUUUAAUCUCUACAAAAGGCCUAAGAUUAGUGGUUCACAGCUCUUAGGAAUUCUUCCGCUGGCUAUAGUGCACACUUUCGGAAACCUUUUCACUAAUAUGAGUCUUGGGAAAGUUGCUGUCUCAUUCACCCACACAAUCAAAGCAAUGGAACCUUUUUUCUCAGUUAUACUUUCAGCCUUGUUUCUUGGAGAGAUACCCACUCUAUUGGUGGUGUCGUCUCUUUUACCAAUUGUUGGUGGAGUAGCACUGGCAUCACUUACUGAGGCCUCUUUUAAUUGGGCUGGAUUUUGGAGUGCAAUGGCUUCUAACCUGAGUAACCAAUCUCGUAAUGUUCUCAGUAAAAAGUUCAUGGUUAAGAAAGAGGAAUCUCUGGACAAUAUAACUCUCUUCUCAAUAAUAACAAUUAUGUCAUUUAUCCUGUUAGCCCCUGUUACUCUUUUCAUGGAAGGUGUCAAGUUUACUCCAUCAUACCUGCAGUCUGCAGGCUUGAAUGUUAGAGAAGUUUGUGUGAGAUCUUUACUGGCUGGGCUCUGUUUCCAUGCAUACCAACAGGUUUCAUACAUGAUAUUACAGAGGGUAUCCCCUGUUACCCACUCAGUGGGCAAUUGCGUGAAGCGGGUGGUAGUCAUUGUGACCUCAGUUCUCUUCUUCCGGACGCCUGUCUCUCCCAUCAAUUCUCUUGGAACUGGGGUGGCUCUUGCUGGAGUCUUCCUGUAUUCAAGAGUGAAGCGGAUAAAAUCAAAGCCAAAGACGGCUUGAUGCUGUUUUUCCUGUGGAAAAAAUGUGUCUAACUUAGUUGGGUACGCAAUCGAUCUAUGUAUGAACAUUUUUUUUGGUGGAAAUCAAUGCAUGAACAUUUUUUUUGGGAUGAUUCUAUUCUUUCGCCGCUCCAUUCGUGUAAUUUUUCCCGCGGUGAACAUGCCAAGUGUACCGUUGAAUGUGGAACCGUCUGCCUCAUUUUUUA